UCGCGGGCGUUUAAAGAGGAGUGCGCAUGCGUGUUGCCUUGGGAGGCCGGCUGGCGUCCUGCGUCAAUAAAUACAAACAAACAAACACAAAAAAGCCACCCCAAAAGAGUGAGAGAGUUGGGCGCCGGCGAGGGCGAUGCACCUGAAGGGGACGACAUGCGAGCUGCGUUGACUUGGAGGGAUAAGGUCGAGCAGUGUAUCUACGACCUUGCCUUUAAACCAGAUGGAACACAACUAAUAAUUGCAUCUGGAAACAGAUUAUUGGUGUAUGAUACAUCUGAUGGAACAUUAAUCCAGCCUUUGAAAGCCCAUAAGGAUACAGUAUAUUGUGUAGCAUAUGCAAAAGAUGGAAAACGCUUUGCAUCAGGAGCUGCAGACAAAACUGUCAUAAUCUGGACUUCAAAGUUAGAAGGUAUCCUGAAGUACACGCACAAUGAUUCUAUACAAUGUGUGUCUUAUAAUCCUGUUACACAUCAACUUGCAUCCUGCUCUUCAAGUGAUUUUGGACUAUGGUCUCCUGAACAGAAGUCAGUCAACAAACAUAAAGUUAGCAAUAAGAUCACUUGUUGUAGUUGGACGAAUGAUGGACAAUAUCUUGCUUUGGGGUUGUACAAUGGUAUUGUCAGCAUUAGGAAUAAAAAUGGUGAAGAGAAAGUCAAAAUUGAACGACCAGGAGGAUCUUUAUCUCCAGUUUGGUCUAUUUCUUGGAAUCCAUCAAGAGAUGAGCAUAAUGAUAUUUUAGCUGUGGCAGAUUGGGGACAACGGCUUUCCUUUUAUCAACUAAGUGGCAAGCAAAUUGGAAAAGACAGAGUCCUGAACUUUGAUCCGUGUUGUGUUAGCUAUUUUUCGAAAGGAGAAUACAUCUUAAUGGGAGGCUCUGACAAGCAAGUAUCCCUUUAUACGAAGGAUGGAGUGCGUCUUGGGACCAUAGGCGAACAGAGCACUUGGGUGUGGACUUGUAAAGCUAAGCCAGAUUCCAAUUAUGUGGCAGUAGGAACCCAGGAUGGAACCAUUUCACUGUAUCAGCUGAUUUUCAGCACAGUCCAUGGUCUUUAUAAGGAUCGCUAUGCUUACAGAGACAGCAUGACAGAUGUUAUUGUCCAACAUCUUAUCACUGAACAAAAAGUUAGAAUAAAAAACCGAGAGCUUGUAAAGAAAAUAGCAAUCUACAAGAACAGAUUAGCAAUCCAAUUACCAGAGAAAAUCCAAAUUUUUGAACUGUAUUCCGAUGAUUCAUCAGACAUGCACUACCGAGUGAAGGAAAAGAUAGCAAAAAAAUUUGAAUGUAACUUACUAGUUGUGUGUUCUGAACACAUUAUCUUAUGUCAGGAGAAGAGACUCCAGUGUCUUUCUUUUAGCGGUACAAAAGAACGGGAAUGGGUGAUGGAAUCUCUCAUUCGAUAUAUAAAAGUAAUUGGAGGACCUCCAGGCAGAGAAGGCCUUUUAGUGGGUUUAAAGAAUGGUCAGAUUCUCAAGAUCUUUGUGGACAAUCCUUUUGCAAUUGUUUUGCUAAAACAAUCGACAGCCGUGCGUUGCCUGGAUAUGAGUGCAUCUCGAAACAAACUGGCAGUAGUUGAUGAAAAUGAUACCUGUCUGGUCUAUGAUAUUAACACCAAAGAAUUACUGUUUCAGGAACCCAAUGCUAACAGUGUGGCUUGGAACACACAGUGUGAGGACAUGCUUUGUUUCUCUGGAGGGGGAUAUCUCAAUAUCAAAGCUAGCAAUUUUCCUGUCCAUCAGCAGAAACUUCAGGGAUUUGUAGUAGGAUACAAUGGCUCCAAAAUUUUUUGCCUUCAUGUUUUUUCUAUGACUGCUGUUGAAGUUCCCCAGUCAGCACCUAUGUAUCAAUACUUGGAAAGAAAACUGUUCAAAGAAGCCUAUAAGAUUGCUUGUUUAGGUGUAACUGAUACGGAUUGGAAAGAACUGGCUAUGGAGGCUUUAGAAGGACUUGAAUUUGAAACAGCUAAAAAGGCGUUUACCAGAAUGCGAGAUCUUCAGUAUUUAGAACUCAUAAGCAGCAUUGAGGAAAGGAAGAAGCGUGGUGAAAGCAACAAUGAACUGUUUCUAGCAGAGAUUUAUGCCUACCAAGGAAAGUUCCAUGAGGCAGCCAAGUUGUACAAAAGAAGUAGCCAUGAAAACCUAGCCCUUGAUAUGUACACAGACUUGCGCAUGUUUGACUAUGCAAAGGAAUUCCUUGGGUCUGGGGACCCCAAAGAUACAAAGAUGCUAAUCACAAAGCAAGCAGACUGGGCCAAGAACAUCAAUGAACCAAAAGCAGCAGUAGAGAUGUACAUGACUGCAGGGGAGCAUUUGAAGGCCAUAGAAAUCAGCGGAGAUCAAGGCUGGGUUGAUGUAUUGAUUGAUAUUGCUCGAAAGCUGGAUAAAGCAGAACGAGAACCUUUGACGAAGUGUGCCUAUUAUUUUAAAAAGUUAUUGAACCAUGGAUAUGCUGCAGAAACCUAUAUCAAGAUUGGUGAUCUGAAGGCCUUGACACAGCUCUAUGUUGAAACUCAGCAGUGGGAUGAGGCUUUUGCUUUGUGUGAAAAGCACCUUGAAUUUAAAGAUGAUGUCUAUGUUCCAUAUGCUCAGUGGCUGGCAGAAAACGAUAGAUUUGAAGAAGCUCAAAAAGCAUUCCAUAAAGCUGGCAGACAGACUGAAGCUGUUAAAGUAUUGGAACAAUUAACUCACAAUGCUGUGGUAGAAAGCCGAUUCAAUGACGCAGGAUAUUAUUACUGGAUGUUAUCCAUGCAGUGUUUAGAUAUAGCUCAAGACAACGAGGAGCAGAAGACCGAAAUGUUAAAGAAGUUUCACCACUUCCAGCACUUGGCAGAACUGUAUCAUGCCUAUCACUUCAUCCACAAAUGCACUGAAGAACCCUUCAAUCACUACUUACCCGAAACACUCUUCAAUGUGUCUAGGUUUUUACUUCAUAGCCUUACCAAGGAAACUCCUCUGGGAAUUUCUAAAGUCAAUACAUUAUUUGCCCUGGCAAAGCAGAGCAAAGCUCUGGGUGCCUAUAAAUUGGCUCGUCAUGCCUACGACAAGUUGCAAGGACUACAGAUUCCAGCCAGAUUUCAAAAAUCUGUUGAACUGGGAAGCCUGACAAUCCGAUCCAAGCCUUUCCACGACAGCGAAGAGCUGGUGCCUUUAUGUUACAGGUGCUCCACCCACAAUCCUUUAUUGAACAACCUGGGGAAUGUCUGCAUUAAUUGCAGACAACCUUUUGUUUUUGCUGCUUCCUCUUAUGAUGUCUUGCAUCUGGUUGAAUUCUACUUAGAAGAUGGAAUAACUGAUGAAGAAGCUGUUGCUCUGAUUGAUCUAGAAGUACCCAGACUAAACAAAAUAGGCAGUGAAUGGCAAGAGCAGAUGAGUAAUGGUGUGCAAACAAUGAGACUUCUUUAUAAAGUGGACGAGAUUGAGGAAGAUGAUCCAUUUACAGCAAAAUUGAGUUUUGAGCAAGGGGGCUCUGAAUUUGUCCCUGUCGUAGUGAACCGUGCAAUUCUCAAAUCCAUGAGCAGGAGAGAUGUGCUGAUUAAACGCUGGUCAAAGCCAUUACAAUGGCAGUACUUCCGGUCUCUCCUUCCAGACAAUCCCAUUACCAUGUGUUCUUUCUGCUUUCAGAUGUUUCAUUCAGAAGAUUAUGAGCUCCUGGUGCUCCAGCAUAAUUGUUGCCCAUAUUGUCGGAGAAAAAUAGAUGAAUCCAGCUAACAGAGGAAACAACAAGACUGUUUGGCAGAGAGCAGUUCUGCUGCUGGGACUCCAAAGCAUUUCUAAGUUCAUUAGAAUUUCUUAGUAGUCUGUUAUUGUUGUUUUUAAGAAUGGGUGGAUGUGCAGAAAGAAAAUUAUACAUGAAGAUAAAAUAUAUAUUUUCCUAUUCAUUGUGAAUGAGAAUCUAAAUAUCAAGUUUUGUUUUGCUCCUCAAAAGAAAUAUAUGUAUAUAUGUUAGUAUAUACUUACAGUAAAAUUUAUAUGAUGCUGUAUACCCUGUUGAU